AUGUUUUUAAUUUCCUCAACUGGAAUCCAGCUUUACAGCAUCACUGCCGACUUCCUUGUCCUGUCGACAAACUCGCUAUACACUUAUGCUGUUAUAUUCCAGAUUGGUGACGAACCGCACUAUGGUAUACUCCAUUUUGAUAGAACAGGGACAGGCACCCUGUACCACCCCGAGUCGCAACCGCUGAACAGAGAAUCCACCGUCUCCAAAAAGCCGUUGCUUGAAGCCAUGGCUAACAACCAGUACAAGGGCUGUGCCGGGGUUCUUCUAGGGAAGUAUACUGCUCUUGAGAUCGAUAGCCUCGUAAGUGUCGCUAUUGAUAUACUUUCUAAAAUGGCCCUGAUAAACCCGCUACGGUGCGUGUGUCACUGGUGUGGACAGUUUACCAUCGAGGCGACCAAGCAAUUAUGCGGACAUACAGUCGGGAAAACCUUGUGUGGUGCAAAACUUACCGACACCAAGCGCCCCCUAUAG